UAUAAAAAAAAACCCGUAACUUAAAAAAAAUUAAGGCAAAUGUCAAAUAAUAGGGAACUGAUUACUGAACAAAAUAAAAUAUGUUAUAAUAGUAGAUAGCAGAACUUAUAUACAAAUAUAAACGAAAACAGUUUAUUUCACUAUAAUGUCGUUGAGAAGGGGCUUGAUUAGAUUUGGUAAUAUUCAAACAACACGAUCCUUUAAAAUAAGAUCAUUAAGUACUCAUACAGCUCCAAAUGAUCACAGCAAUGAAAGAAAACAAACACAUUUUGGUUUCGACACUAUUGACGAAGAGGAAAAGACUAAAAAAGUGUAUGAGGUAUUUGAAACAGUAGCUGAUAAAUAUGAUGUAAUGAAUGAUGUUAUGUCUUUGGGUAUUCACCGAGUAUGGAAGGACAUUUUUAUGCAGAAAUUGUCUCCUAGACCUGGUACAAAGUUGCUUGAUAUGGCUGGUGGAACAGGAGAUAUAACAUUCCGUUAUAUCAACUACUUGAGAAAUAUUGGACAAAAUCCAACAGAAAAACCUAGUCAUGUCACAGUAAGUGACAUCAACCAGUCUAUGCUAGAUGUUGGAAAAAUAAGGGCAGAAAGACAGGGUUAUACAGGCGAUCCUCUGGUGUCUAUAGACUGGCUGUGUGCUGAUGCAGAGAAAUUGCCAAUACCAGAUGAGAGUUAUAAUGCCUACACCAUCGCUUUUGGAAUCAGAAACUGUACGCAUGUGGACAAGGUUUUAGAAGAGGCAUUCCGUGUGCUGCAGCCUGGUGGACGUUUUAUGUGUUUGGAGUUCAGUCAUUUGUCAAACACACAACUUCAAUGGAUGUAUGAUCAGUACUCCUUCCAAGUGAUACCUGUGCUGGGGCAACUAGUAGCAGGACAAUGGAAGCCUUACCAGUAUCUUGUUGAAAGCAUUAGACAGUUUCCAAAUCAGGAUACAUUUAAAGCAAUGAUCGAAAACGCAGGCUUCAGGCAGGUUUCUUACGAAAAUUUGACGUUUGGUGUGUGCUCCAUACAUUCUGGGUUUAAGUUGUAAAGUAAUAUGUGCUAUAUUAAUGUUAAAAACCUUUUGUUAAAGUAAGUGAUAGAUUUGUGAGAAAAUAUAGUAUUAACAGUUGAA